AUUGAAAUCUCUUUAAAUUUCAUAUUAGAGAAUUAGGGCACAGAUUCCUGAUGUGCUUACUCCCCAGGGUUGUUAAGGGUUGCAGUCAGUAGAAGGACAAGAAUGGGGAUGGGGUGAUUGGCUUGAGUCAUACAGAAGAAUGUUUCCUAGGUAGGGACACUGAUCAGGCAUGUCCCUCUUCCAGUUAGGUGAGGCUAGUUCUCUUGCUACUGUAGUCUUGAGGGCUGCCAGAGUAAGGCAGGUGUGUGGGUGGUACGCCCUUCCGGUGUGUUGGGGUUCAGCUUCUGCUAUCUUUGGAUAGCAAGUCUAUGGAUCAGCUUCUACUAUCAUUGGAACCAACGCUCCGAAGCCUGCUUUUGUGACGGGACACUUAAGCAAGGACACCACUGAGGCGCGCCUGGUGAAAGCACAUCCGAUCCGGGAAGGCGCACUUCCGCUCCACUGUUGCAGUGGGAUGGCAGGCGGGCGUGGGGGAAGGGAGACGUCCGUGGAGGCGAGGGAGGGACCAUAUCCGGCAGAGUGGCAGCUUCCGACCAGUGGUCGCACUUCCGGAGAGACGCUUCCGGUGGUGGCGGCAGCAGCGGCUCUGGUGGUUCCGGGUGUCUUUGUCCCCCCAGUGUCGCGGCCCUGGCCCGCAGGCCCAUCGUGGAACGUUUUGGCGGAUGUUUUUGAAUGAAUGAAUGUCAUCGGAGCUCUUUUCAGCCCCCACUCUCUAACCUCUCUGUGGGUGGUGUGGGAUAAUGAGAGGCGAGCUAAGUUGUUGGGAGACCUCAGUGUUUUUCCCCAAGAUUCUGAAAGAGGACAGCAUUCCCAAUGUCCCAGUUUAAGCGCCAGCGGAUCAACCCGCUUCCAGGGGGACGCAACUUCUCAGGCGCCGCUUCAACAUCUCUUCUGGGCCCUCCCCCUGGUUUGCUUACUCCUCCUGUGGCCACAGACCUGUCGCAAAAUGCCAGGCACCUUCAGGGUGGGGAGAAGCAGCGAGUCUUCACUGGGAUUGUUACCAGCUUGCAUGACUACUUUGGAGUGGUGGACGAGGAGGUCUUUUUUCAGCUAAGUGUGGUGAAGGGCCGACUGCCCCAGCUGGGUGAGAAGGUGCUGGUGAAGGCUGCGUACAACCCAGGCCAGGCUGUGCCCUGGAAUGCUGUCAAGGUGCAAACGCUCUCCAACCAGCCCCUACUGAAGUCCCCAGCACCUCCCCUUCUGCAUGUGGCAGCUCUGGGCCAGAAGCAAGGGAUCCUGGGAGCUCAGCCCCAGUUAAUCUUCCAGCCUCACCGGAUUCCCCCACUCUUUCCUCAGAAGCCUCUGAGUCUCUUCCAGACCUCCCACACACUUCACCUGAGCCACCUGAACAGAUUUCCUGCUCGGGGCCCUCACGGACGGCUGGACCAGGGCCGAAGUGACGACUAUGACUCCAAGAAACGCAAGCAGCGGGCUGGUGGAGAGCCUUGGGGUGCUAAGAAGCCAAGGCAUGACCUGCCUCCUUACCGGGUCCAUCUCACGCCCUACACCGUGGACAGCCCCACCUGUGACUUCCUAGAACUGCAGCGUCGUUACCGCAGCCUGCUGGUCCCCUCGGAUUUUCUGUCUGUGCAUCUGAGCUGGCUGGCGGCCUUCCCCCUGAGCCAGCCCUUCUCCCUCCACCAUCCCAGCCGGAUCCAGGUCUCUUCAGAGAAGGAGGUGGCUCCAGACACUGGUGCUGAGCCCAGCCCCGCGGACAGUGACCCUACUUACAGUUCCAAGGUCCUGCUGCUCUCCUCCCCUGGCCUGGAGGAACUGUAUCGCUGCUGCAUGCUCUUUGUGGACGACAUGGCUGAGCCCAGGGAGACGCCAGAGCAUCCUCUGAAGCAGAUGAAGUUUUUGCUGGGCCGGAAAGAAGAUGAGGCAGUACUGGUUGGGGGGGAGUGGUCUCCUUCCCUGGAUGGCCUCGACCCCCAGGCUGACCCACAGGUGCUGGUGCGCACGGCUAUCCGCUGUGCCCAGGCCCAGACUGGCAUUGACUUGAGCACCUGUACCAAGUGGUGGCGCUUUGCCGAGUUUCAGUACCUGCACCCGGGACCGCCCCGGCGGCUGCACACGGUGGUAGUGUACCUGCCGGACAUUUGGACCAUCAUGCCCACUCUGGAGGAGUGGGAUGCCCUGUGCCAGCAGAAGGCUGCCGAGGCAGCUCCCCCACUGCAGGAGGCAGCAGGGGAAGCAGAGCCCGCUGAACAGGCCGCUGACGUGUCCACGGAGCCAGCAGCAGACCCUUCUAAACAGAACGCCGAGCUGCCCGAGGGCACUGCGCAGCAGGAGAUGGACACUGACCUCCCAGAGGCCCCCCCGCCCCCUCUAGAGCCCGCUGUGAUGGCGCGUCCCGGCUGUGUCAACCUGUCCCUCCAUGUGAUCGUGGAGGAUCGGAGGCCGAAAGAAAGGAUCUCUUUUGAGGUGAUGGUGUUGGCUGAGCUCUUUCUGGAGAUGCUGCAGAGGGAUUUUGGCUAUAGGAUUUAUAAGAUGCUGCUGAGCCUUCCUGAAAAGGUCGUGUCUCCCCCUGAACCCGAGAAGGAGGAGGCAGCCAAGGAAGAAGCUGCUAAAGAGGAGGAAGCGAUCAAAGAGGAGGUGGCCAAGGAGUCCAAGGAUGAGGUACAGAAUGAGGGCACAGCUGCUGAGUCAGACCCCCCGCUGAAAGAGGAUGGGCUUUUGCCCAAACCGCCCUCUUCUGGCAGUGAGGAGGAGGAGAAGCCCCGGGGUGAGGCGGCUGAGGAGCUGUGUGAGAUGGCCCUGGACCCGGACCUGCUGCUUCUGAGGGAUGAUGGAGAGGAGGAGUUCGCAGGAGCCAAGCUGGAAGACUCGGAGGUCCGGUCUGUUGCCUCAAACCAGUCGGAGAUGGAAUUCUCCUCCCUCCAGGACAUGCCCAAAGAGCUGGACCCCUCUGCCGUGCUCCCCUUGGACUGCCUUCUGGCUUUCGUGUUCUUCGAUGCCAACUGGUGUGGCUACCUGCACCGGCGGGACUUGGAGCGGGUCCUCCUCACGCUGGGCAUCCGACUCAGCGCAGAGCAGGCCAAGCAGCUGGUUAGCAGGGUGGUGACGCAGAACAUUUGUCAGUAUCGGAGCUUGCAGUACAGCCGCCCGGAGACGGUGGACGGCGGACUUCCAGAGGAGGUGCUGUUCGGAAAUCUGGACCUGCUGCCUCCUUCUGGGAAGAGCGCAAAGCCAGGUGCUGCUCCCACGGAGCACAAGGGCCUGGUGCCCCACAACGGCAGCCUGAUCAACGUGGGGAGCCUGCUGCAGCGCGCAGAGCAGCAGGACAGUGGGCGGCUCUACCUGGAGAACAAGAUUCACACACUGGAACUGAAGCUGGAGGAGAGCCAUAACCGUUUCUCAGCCACUGAAGUGACAAACAAGACACUGGCCGCAGAGAUGCAGGAGCUGCGGGCGCGGCUGACAGAGGCUGAGGAUGCAGCCCGGAUGGCCGAGCGGCAGAAGGGCCAGCUGCAGCGCCUGCUGCAGGAGUUCCGCAGGCGCCUGGGCCCCCUGCAGCUGGAGGUGCAGCGCAUGGUGGAGAAGGCCGACAGCUGGGUGGACAAGGAGGAGCCGGCGCCUAGCAACUGAGGGGCCUCGCUGGAGUGCGUUUGAGGUCAGCGAUGGAGCCCGAAGACGUUAGAGCCCUUUUGGUACCAGAAAGCAGCUGGAGCAGGGCCUGGGAGCCAUAGGCAGGGUGGCUGAGCCCUGUGUGCAGCCUCUGCAGGGGACGCCAAGCCAUCAGGGUGGGGUCUGUGCUAUGUGGAUGGAUGUGUGAAGAACCCCAGUUCCAGCUACAACUAAAUACAACAUCUUUUGCACCCCUAGAAUGUCA